GCAAGGGACUGAGAGAGCAAGUCAGUGGGUCAGACUGGUGCCUCUCCUCCUUCUCCACCUCUUCAUCCACCUCCUCCUUCUCCUCUUCCUCCUCGUCUGCCUUUUUACGGCGUGUGGACAGACGGACGUCUGGGUUGAUCUCCCGCAGUGUCUUGUGACGUUUCCCGAUCUCGGGAUCCACUAAAGGGAUUAAAAAGGAAGCGACUAUGAUCAUCUGACCGCAGAUGUGACGGGCAGAAGGGAUGAUAGCAAGCUGAAGUGGUAAGACCAGACGGAUCUUCGAUGAAAGGGUCAUCGCACAUUGAUGGGAGUGCAGCUCCUGCGUUCACAUCCCCAACGAUGGACUGCGGCGACCCUAGCGCUCUGCUCAACCGGGAACACCUCAUCUACGCCAUCACGGUUCCGCUGUCGGCCUCGAUCAUCCUGGCCAACCUGGUCAUCAUCUUGGGGAUCGUGUGCAACCGCCAGCUCCACAACACCCCCAACUACUUCUUCCUGAGCCUGUUAGUGGCGGACCUGUGCACGGGCGUGGCUCUGCCUUUCAUACCUCUGAUGGGACUGAACCGAGAGCUGAGCUUCGGCUCCUGCCUGGUGGCGCACAUUUUCCCAAACUUCCUCUUCCUGGCGUUUCUGCUCAACCUUGUGAUGGUCCACUACGAGCGUUAUAUUUGUAUCGCGGAACCCCUGCACUACAGCAAUUUGUGGAUGCACCGAAGUUUUCCCCUGGCCCUGCUGCUAGUAUGGGCGCCGCCGCUUCUGUACGCGUCGUUGCCCGCCUUCGGCUGGAACAACUGGACCGGCCUGGACUGGAACGGCUGCUGCGCGCGUGGCCAAAAGUUGAGCGUCUCGUCAAAUUGUUCCACCAAUGUCACCGCGUGCUGCUCAUACAGACGCGUGUUCCCCAACGCUUUCAUCUACCUGGAGGUCUACGGUCUCGUCCUGCCUGCCAUUCUCACCAUUGCCGCCAUGACGGGACGCGUGCUGUGGAUCACACGAGGCCAACUGAAGGACAUCUGCCGGCUUCAUCGCUCGGUGGAGCGCGGCCAGCCCUCGGACCGGGAACAGCGGCUGAACAUGCGCUACACUCGCUGCGUGGUGGCCGUGUCUCUGACCUUUCUUGCAUGCUGGGUUCCUUACCUCAUCUACAUGCACGUGUGCAUUGCCUUCUUGAUCAGCGACACCAAAUGGAACUCCAACACACUCAUCGUACUCUCGUGCACCGGUAUCGGCAGUAUGGCUGUGGUGCCGCUGGUGUUGGGCCUCGCCAACAGGCAGUACACAGAACCAGCGUACAAACUGCAACAGAAACUUCGAGACAGGUUGAGGCAGAAGAUGCUGACAUCAAGAGAGCCUGAAGUAAGGGAAAAUACCAAUGACAAUCUUGAGUAGCUCCUGUUCAGAUGCAGCUAUAGACAUACAUUAUUCAUGGUAAUCUUUGGCUUUCAUUUGAAUACAACUGAAGGGUUCAAAGGCAUAAGACGUCUCCGUUUUUUGUGAAUUAAAUAAAAGGAUUUUUUUUUUUUUCAUUUCCGAUUCCAGGAAGGCUAAUACGGAAACUUUGAUUUAAAAAAAAAACCUUCCAAAGCAGUUUUAGAGGUCAGUUUAUCACAAAACUAAACUAUUUCAUGAAAAUAUUUCAAAAUGUUUACAAAACACAAGACUUUCCCCCAAAUAAUGAGUAUUAUGCUGCAUUCACACUGGAAGCAAUGGCAACGUGAACUUUCGCCUCCGGUUAUCCGCCCAAGUUUGAUCACGGGAGUUGUGUAAUGUGAGUUUGCUUCAUUCUUGCCACACUAUCCUCUAACUGAAAAAAAAAGCCUGAACAUUACUAGUCAACAAACAAUUGACUAAGACAACCAGUGUGUUGUUUGUGCUAAAAUUCGGGCUAAUGCUAUUGCUAGCUUGUUUGGAGCCAACAGCUGAAAACAAGUAGCUUCAAAUUUACACUUAGCAGAUAUGACAACAUUCUGACAUCUUUUUUGUCAAGAACUUUUUAAUUCCUCUCACAUUUAAGUGUACACAUUGUAGUUAGGCUUGAUGGGAAAGAUUUCAUUCUUGUAAGGGGCCCCAGUUCCGGUACAUUUUGAAAAUCCCUGCUGUACAGUACUGGAAACUCAGAAGCAAGAACUCAGUUUUUUUUUUUUUUUUUUGUUAACACUCUUCUAACGAUAGCAGUAGGAGCCGGAGAAGUUGUUGUAUAAAAGUAGCAGACCACCUUGCACAGGCUGCCAAUGAAUGGCAGGGCAAAUGUGAAUGGGGCAUUGUUACAUUUGACGCAGGAAAACCAUACUCAUGACAAUUAGUCGCCAGAUAAUGGCAUUUGAGCGUCAUGUCUUGUUAUUUUGGCUGCACUUGAAAUGAUUGUAACCAGUUUCCCUCUACCUCCUGCCUGCAAUGUUUACUCCCACUUUCCCCAGCAGUGUUUAUCUAUGUACUGGUAUGCAAGCUGAGGAGGAGAGAGGGAUGCACUCCCUAGAGUGGUCCAUCUACAGUAAGAAGGAAUAACAUUGACCUUUUUUCCGUGCAGACGUUUAUUAGGAGGCUAGAAAUGUCACCGUAAGGACCGCAAAUGUUGGCUUUGUAUAUAAAAAGAUGUGUUUGCUUUCAAAGCAAAGCCUAUAAGAGGAAAUUACAUCUUGAAAUAAAUGUGGAUGAUA